UUUAUCGCAUUCGGGUAUCGGCAUUCGUCGCAUCACUACGCCAGUCUGCCGCGCGAACGUAAAAAAGUUUAGUUUCGAAAUUCAAACUUGCCAGCCAGUUCUCUGUGCCGUGUUUUUUUUUUUAAAAGUAAAUUAAAACUUUUUUAAUUUGUGGUCACAAGGAUUUUCUUUUCGGACAAAAUGGACGGCAUGGGUUUCGGGAUGAACUGUAUAAAGUACCUUCUGGUGGUCUUCAAUGGAUUUUUUUUGAUAUUCGGGAUCGUGAUCAUCGCUGCAGCAUGCGUGGACAUGGGUAUGAUCAUGGGAUUCACCAGCAUGGAGGCUACUGGCCACGAGACCGAUGCUGUGCUGAUUGCCAUUGGGGUCCUGAUCAUCGUUGUCGCCGCGUUUGGGUGCUUCGGGGCGUGGAAGGAGAGCCCGAAGUUACUUUACAUCUUUGCCGGCUGCCUCAUCGUGAUCAUCCUUAUGGAGCUCUCCGUGGGCAUCGCUGCAGCCACCCUGCGACCCCAGAUUGAAAGUAGCAUGAAGACUCAGCUCCGGGCCUCCUUCAUCAAAAACAAGUCAGCUAAAGAGGAGGAUUCCAGUUACAAGGACUUUUGGGACCGCGUUCAGAGCAGUCUGGAAUGUUGUGGUGUGACUGGUCCUAGCAACUACGGCGCAUACGAGCCCCGUCUCAACCCAUCCUUCAGCUGCUGCCCCAACGACGGUACCGAUCGCGCCGACGAGAUCAAGAGAUCGGACUGCCUCAACCAACACACUUAUUACAAAGAUGGAUGCGAAGAUAAAGUGCUCUCGACCAUUCACAGCGCCGGUUUGACUGUCAUCGUCUGUGGUAUUCUUUUCUGCUUCUUGGAGGUGGCCGGAAUUGUGCUCGCGCUGUGGCUCGCGCACGCCAUUAAAACGCAAGGAAAGAGUCGGGAAACAGCCUAAGUUUACGUCAGAAUUUAGAUUUAGGCACAUAUAAGUAUUAUUCUACAAGCACCUCAGUUCUAAGCUAGCGGUCCGAUCAUAUUCAGUCAAUUGAAUAACUUUUUGAAAUUUUAGCCCCGUACUGUUUGAACGAGGCUUUGUCAUUGUUGUUGUCAUAGUAUAGGCAACUAUAGCUACUAGUACCUUGAAAAGGAAAGACACAUUGAAAUAUUAAGUAAAAUACAAUUUUAUGUCGAAAAUUAAUACAUAUUAAAUGACACUUAUUUAAUUGUUAAAUAGGGUAGAUGACAUGAUGUGAAUUUAAAAUUAUAUGUUAAAAUAAUUUGAAUUUAAAAUUAUAUGUUAAAAUAAUUUUAAUUUAAAAUUAUAUGUUUAAAUAAUGUGAAUUUAAAGUUAUAUGUUUUUAUUAAGCUGCUAAUUUUAGUUUUUUUUAUGACGCUUAAAUAUAUUUUAUUUGUAUUAUUUUUUUAAGUGUACUUUCCAACUAAAUCGUCGUAUAAUCCGACGGCAUUGUUACAAUCCAUGAAUUAUGUCAAUAAUAUUAAAUGUAUCAUAUUUUUUACAAUUUUCUGACGUUCUUAUAUCUACCCUAUUAAUAGAAUGCCUUUUUUUUACUUUGACUUAUUAAAUUAUACAUAGCUAGGUAUUACAAAUACAAACUUUAAAACACACAAAUUGAAAUAAAGGAAAUUGAUUUUAUUUUAUAAAAUUCAUCAUUUAUCUCAGAAUAUAAGAAUUCCACUAUUGGACAUAGAUUUUUUAGAUGUAAUGUAGGCAUUUUGUUUUAUGAAUAAAUAACAUUUGGUGUUUUUAGUAUUUAAACGUAAUCUAGUGUUAGCCGCUUGUCUAAAAGUUACCAUGGUUUUAAGGUUACUUUAAAUAUUGCUAUUUAAAUACUGAGUAAUGAAGCUGCAAUUACCUAAGAUAAUAAUAUAAUGUAAAUAUAUUACUUAUGAAGGAGAGGAGUACAUUAAUAUAUUUUUUUAAUUUAUACUUUAAAUUAAGUUAUAUAAAGUUUAUAUUAAGUUUGUAGCGGGCAAUGAUUUUUGUAGGGUAAUUUGAACUAAGGCGUGGUGGGACAAUUUCAACUAGUAAAUUACUAAAAUUAACCUAAUUAAUAUUAUUUUCUUUCUUAUCAAAUGUAUUCGCCUAAAGGCAUAUGACAUGUCUUUUAAGAUUAGGCUUACCGACAUUAUAAUAGUAGGUAAGUCAACUCACGAUCUUUUCCUUCACCUGAAGCAAAUGGUGGUCUAAUAUUACUAAGCAUUAGUCAGCUUAGUACAUAAACUCAUGUGGCACGAGUAGGAUUCGAACCUGGGACCUUUCGAGCAUAAGCGGUGGUUGUGUUCACAAUGUGUGAUAACUUAACUGAAAAUGUAUUAAUCUAAUUUGUAUGUUUCGUAUAUUACACAAUUUCAUACAAUACAAUAAGAAAGAAAGAAAACAUUUAUUUGCCAAAAACAUGAGUACAAAUAGACAAAUUGAUGUCAAAAUGUAUUAAACCUCCAUGUUUUACCGAAUAUAGGUAUGCAAAUAUAAAUAAAUAAAGAGGAGCAUGCUAUCCACUACAAAUCCAACAAAAAAAGAAUUAUAAUGUAUACUAGCCCUAAAUUCUAUCCGGGUCUAUCAUUAAAGAAAUCAUUUAAAGUCAAAAUAAUACUUAAUACAUUUUGUCACGUGUAUAUUAAAAGGAUUCGUUGAACUUUGUCUUGCUACACUUACUUAAAAUGUCACUGGAAUUCUUGUUGGUGCUAAGUAUUUAUUUAUAUUUAUUUUACACAAUAGUUUUUUUUUUAAAACAGUCUGUUAAGUUCUGUUACCAGCACACGCGACAAGCUAAAAGUAGAUUGUACCAGAAAGCGUUGACGUUAACUUUAACUUGCGCAUAAAAAGGGAAGUACCUUCGCCAUAUUAUCUGACGACUGCAGCGCGCAGGUUAACGUCAAACUUGACUGAAUUUGGCAAGUAUUUAAUAAAGUGUUUCAAAAGUGCCUCUCAAAUCAAGCUUUAAAUAAAAAUGCAAUUUAACAGUACCUAAUGAUAAUCCCUGUUAUUCAUAAAUGUAUAAGCUAAUGUAUGUUUUGUCUCUAUUUAUCAAUUUUAAAUAUUACAAAGUGCGAUGGUGACAAAACAUACUUCAGCUUAAAGUACGCCUUGACUUUUUUAUGAAUAACUUGGAAAGAGUAGGUGUAUACUUAAUUUAGAAUCAUGUAAAGUUAAAUCAUUAUUAAACUAUUUCUAUAAAAAAAGGAUUUAUUGUUAUUUUU